AUGAAGGACUCGGAGUCUGAAACAAAAUGUCAGAGACCAAAAGAGAUGAAACUUGAGGAAGCUGAACAAAUGUUUACAGGAGGACUAAAUAUAAAAAGAGAGGUGGUAAUGAAAGAUAUUGCUAAUGCACUGACAUUAGCAGAGCAGAUCCAGUUCACACUGAUAACAGAGGAGUUACCCGAGUGGAAGAAGAGACAGCAGAUGGCUUGUAUUGGUGGUCCACAUAACACUUGUCUGGAUCAGCUUCAGAACUGGUUUACAGUGGUGGCAGAGUGUCUCCAGCAGAUCCGUCAGCAGCUGAAGAAAGUUCAGGAACUGGUCCAGAAAUUCACCUACUGCAACGACCCCCUAAAUCUAGGCUGGGGCCGGCUGGAUGAACAGGCCAUUUCACUCUUCAAAAACCUCAUAUUAAACUCUCUUGUGGUGGAGAGGCAGCCCUGUAUGCCAUGGUAUCCUCAGAGACCCUUGCUAAUAAAAACAUUAGUUCAGUUCACCGUCAAGAUCAGAUUGCUAGUCAAACUCCCAGAACUGAACUGUCAACCCAAAGCAAACGUUUCUGUUGACAAAGGUUUUUCUGAGCUGGAUACAGUGAAAGGUAUUGCUUUUAAAGUGCCUUUCUUUUUUCCCCAGCCGCCUUUCCCUCUCUGUGAUGAGCUGCACUUGAUCUGCUUUCACACACAGCUGGUUCUGCCUGACCUAUGCAUUGACUUAUCAAUCACAAGUCUUCCGGUGUCAAUUAUGACCCCUUUUUCCCGGAGUAUUUCCUAUGCCUGGGGCUCAGUCUUAUGGUACAACAUGCUCAGCAGUGAACCACACAAUCUGACGUUCUUCUUGAAUCCGCCACCAGUGAAAUGGCAUCAGCUUUCAAAAGUCAUAAGCUGGCAGUUUUCUUCUGUCACCAAACGAGCGCUGACCUCAGAUCAGCUGAGAACACUGGCUGACAAACUUCUAGGUCACAAAGCCCAAGGUGACCCUGAGGAACUUGUCCAGCACAGUACAUUUUGUAAGGCAGCUGUUGAGCAAGAUGGUUCACUCUGGAAUUGGAUGUAUGAACAUCUGGAACUUGUUAAAAACCUUGUGCUCAACAUCUGGAAUGAUGGAUAUAUCAUGGGGUUUCUGAGUCAGGAAAGAGCAGAGGCUCUGCUGAUAGACAAAGCUCCAGGCACUUUCCUUCUGCGCUUCAGUGAAAGCUGUCGAGAUGGAGGAAUCAUCAUCACAUGGGUGGAGUCGCGGCAGGAUGGUGAACGUGUGGUACAUUCGACAGAGCCCUACAACAAAACAAAAAUAUACCCAAUCUGCUUGCCCAAAAUCAUCCGUGACUUCACCACUGGAGAGAAAGAUCCUGUGAAUCCCCUUAUCUACCUUUACCCAGACAUCCCAAGAGAUCUCGCCUUUGGCCGCUACUAUACCAGCGAAUCUGAAGAUCUGGAAGGAAUGAAUAAAUAUCCAAGUCAGUAUAGCCUGAUCUCAGUGAAGCCCACAGGUUGAACAUAUGUGCUCUACUUGACUCUUCUGACCUAAAGGAUUUAAGCUUUGAAAUAGCAGAGCAUGAGGUUAUGGUUUCUACCUUGUGGUGCAUAACUCUACCUAACAUCUUGCCCUUCUUUAGAAAUAUAUAUGAAUAAUUGAGUUUGUUGUGCUUUUUUAAAAUGUAAAUACUGUAUAUACAUAGAAAACAGUAAAUGGGAUGAAGAAAACUACACCUUUUAUUUACUAACACAGUUUUUUUUAUUCAUUAUUGCACAUAAAGGCUAAAUCUUUUAUAUAGCAUUGCUUUAAUUGCACAUGUAUACACACUGACUUCAGUCAACCACAUACAGACUCAUAGAAUCAGAAAAAUAUCUGCUUCAGUUGGUUUGUAUAGAGGCAAAUACUGCUAAAAUGUCUUUAAAAUACUUUACAUUUACUUUUAUUCAAGGGUUUGGUCCAAGUGAACAGGUUUGACAUCUUUUUAUCACUGCUACCACAAUUACAAUUGACUUUAGAAACUACAAUAUAUUCAUUUAACACUUAUCAAAUAUAACUAAAGACUACAGUUGUUUGAUUAAUAAAGGAGUUUUUAUCUGAUAGUGAUUAAGCUGGUGCAAACGAUUUAAAUAUCGUUCAGAAUAUUAUUUUAAUAACGUUGUACAGGUUCCUAUCAUCUGAGUAAACUCUAAUGUUUUAGUUUGGAUCACUUGUUCUUCUCCUAAAGCAAUAUGUGUGUACUUUCUCAAAUGGUCAUUUUGGGAGCCCUGCAUGUAAAUACUGCAUGAAAGAAAAGUGCAUACACUGAUAAACACAUAGAAAUCUAAUAGGCUGUACCACUAACAGAAAUAACACAAUGUCUUUGGCAGUGGUUAUAAUGUUCAAAUAAGGUUGGCAUAAGAAAAUAAAAAGCGAUAUGUAAAAAAAAAGUGCAUGCAAACUGAUGUUUAGUUGUAUUAUUAAAAUCAGUAAAUACCACUUUUACACAGGACAUGUUCUUGCAUUCUUCCUGCUGUAUUUAACACAGUUCUGUAGAAUACUUGAUUCUGAUUGUUCGGUUGUUGCCAUUCAGCCUUCUAACAAUGCUCAUGGCAACACAUGACAGAUUAUUUGUUAUUGGAAAUGCAGUGGUCUCUUUUCUCUUAGUCAAAGGUUUAGGAUAAAAAUCAUAUAAAAUCAUCAUAUAUGUAGAAAUCGAAUACUUCAUGAUUUUGCAUGUAAACAAGAUAUAAUGUCACUGAUGCUGCUCAGUAUUACAAAAAUAAACACAUUUAUUGAUUGUAUUUCGGAAAAUAGCAAUGAUAAUAUGUGACCCUGGACAACAAAACCAAUCAUAAGUGUGAGAUAAGAAUUAUGCAUGAUUACAUAAGCUGUAUAAGCUAGUUAGUAUAGGACAAUAUUUGAUUGAAAUUCGACAAAUUCGAUAUUUGAAAAUGUGAGGGUUGUAAAAUGUUUGAUAAUGAGAAAAUCUCCUUUAAAGCUGUCUAAAUGAAAUGUUUAGCAAUGCAUUUUACUAAUCUUUUUUUUAUAUAUACAGUUGAAGUCAGAAUUAUUAGCCCCUCUUUGAAUUUUUGAAAAUUAAUUGAAUAUUUCCCAAAUUAUGGAAAUUUUCAGUGUGUCUGAUAAU